AUGGCGACAGGUGGGCAUUCUCAAACCCCCCAGACUCAUCGAGUCGGGGAGCACUGGAGUGGUGCCAAUCCCAUUCCAACGAUUCGCCAUUUCAUGGAGCAUAUCGAUGCCGAAAAGAAAGAACGCGAUCAACGGAUUGAUGAAGAGAACAGAAUCAAGAAAGAGCAAGCUGCUCGCUCCAAGGCACAGGAGAAAGCGGGCGAAAAGCCCGAGGAGGAAGGAGAUGCGGUCGCUCACAAGGCACGCGAGGUCUCGCAGGCCAAGAUGCGAACUGUGACGGAUCCAACUACCGGCAAGGAUAUUGGGGUGGAGGAUCAAGAUGAGACUUCAAUGGAAGCUGUCAAGAACCCAAUGUUGACGGUUCCCAACGCCAAUUUGGGGCGGGAAACGGAGGUUCAAACCAGCGCCGACCAGGACCUUGCAGAGUACAAGGAAAAUCAAGAUAUCACCGCACCCCCCGACCCCAUCGCCGAAGGCACGACGUCCGAUGUCCCCAUUCGGGGAGAAAAGACCAAUGUGCUGUUCCACCCUACGCCGACCGUGUCAUACCAGCCCAUGUUUGAGGUCUUGCAGAAGCGUGCUACGGGGCUCUGCAUUGGUAUCCCUGCCGCGAUCAUUGUCAUUGGACGUAUCUUCGGAGGUUCAUUCUGGGGUCUGAUUCCAUUGGCAGUGUGCAUCUCGUCCGGGGUGUGGCUUUGGAUGCAGGAAGUCAUCCGCAGUGGUCGAGAGAUGGAAUGGAGCAGUGAGCAACUCCGUGGCCAAAUGGCCACUGCCAAUCUGCUCCCAGAGUCCGUCGAAUGGAUGAACAGUUUCCUAGGAGUUGUAUGGGGACUUGUCAACCCGGAAAUGUUGACGCCCAUGGCAGACACCAUCGAAGACAUUAUGCAGGUCUCGGCGCCCAAGGUGGUGGAGAACGUGCGCAUUGCGGAGAUCGAUCAGGGCAAUAACCCGUUGCGAAUUCUCAGCAUGCGAGCUCUUCCGGAUGAGCACGUGCAAGAUCUGAAGAACAACAUUCACGAAGAGAAUAAGAAGAACAAAGAUCCCCAAGAGGCCGCUGCAGCCGAAGAAGGAGGCAGCUAUUAUAACAUGGAGGCGUCCUUCGCCUACCACGCGAAACCCAGCAGCCAGACGGCAUCGUCCAAAGCUCGCAACAUGCAUAUGCAACUGGUCUUCUACCUUGGUAUCCGGGGCUUGUUCGGUGUUCCGUUCCCGGUGUUUGUGGAGUUGAUUGAAUUAGUUGGAACCGUGCGCAUGCGCUUCCAGAUGAUGCCCGAAGCGCCAUUCAUGAAAGAUGUGACAUUCACCUUGGUUGGCAUCCCCCACGUCAGGGCAGGAUGCAUGCCUAUGUUGCGGAAAGGAGUCAAUGUGCUGAACUUACCAUUGAUUUCGAAUUUCGUCAACUCUGCCAUCGGCACCGCUUGUGGAAUGUUCGCGGCUCCCAAGUCCAUGACCAUGGACCUGGGCAUGAUGCUUACUGGUGACGAUAUCCACAAGGACACCCUGGCUUUGGGUGUGAUGUGGAUUCGCAUCCACCGCGCGGUUGGUCUGAGCAAACAGGAUACCCGUGGAAGCGAGGGUGGCGGCAGUGACCCAUACAUCAACCUCUCGUUCUCCAAGUAUGGCAAGCCAAUGUAUUGCACUCGGGUCAUCACAGACGAUCUCAACCCGAUGUGGGAGGAGACUGCUGCUCUGCUGGUGACGCCUGAACUGAUCAAGGCCGACGAGAAUCUGAGUAUCGAGCUUUGGGAUUCGGACAGGAAUACUGCCGAUGACAUCGUCGGAAAGGUCGAACUGCCUAUCCGUGAGAUGCUGCAGCACCCAAGCAGAAUGUACCCUCAAGUCUCGAAGCUCCAAGGCAUGGAUGAGGGCAGUGAAAUGCCCGGUCAAUUGCACUGGGAGGUCGGUUACUUCGGCAAGCCUAAGCUCCGCCCAGAGUUGCGAAGUGAUGGCAAGAAGAAGGAUCUUCCAGAAAACCUCAAGGGUGACCCUACAUUCGAGGAUGAGAAGGGUACCAUCAACAAUGACGAAGAAGAUGCUGUCAUGCAUACACCACCCGACCCCAUCUGGCCGAGCGGUAUUGUGCACAUUGUUGUGCAUCAAAUUGUCAAUCUGCAGAUUGCCAAUAUCAAAGGAAGUGAUGGAAACCGCAAGGGCAAGGAAUACGAACCAGCAAAGCCCUACGGUGAGAACACAGAGGAGCAGGGAGAGGACUUGCCCACUAGUUACUGCAAGGUCCUGUUGAACGAUCAACUGGUAUACCGCACUCGUGCAAAGGCCGUGAGCUCCAAGCCCAUCUUCAACGCCGGAACCGAGCGUUUCGUCCGCGACUGGCGCUCGGCGGUGGUGACGGUCACCGUUCGCGAUCAGCGCUACCGCGAGCACGAUCCCAUCCUGGGUGUUGUCCCGAUCAAGCUGUCUGAUAUUCUCCAGACCAGCUCCCAGGUAACGCGCUGGUAUCCCCUCGAUGGCGGAAUCGGAUUUGGACGCAUCCGUAUUUCCGUUCUUCUGCGCCACGUCGAGACCAAGCUUCCGCCCGCUAUGCUUGGUUGGGACGUAGGCACCUUUGAAUUCGCCGGUGAGAAGAUCAUCGCGCAGAACUUCGGUCGUCAGACCAAGAUCAAGCUCCGCACUGGCGGUAGCGUGGGCAAGAUCACUCGCCACAAGUGUCACGUCGAAGGCAGCGAUGCUGUAUUCGAUACCUCGGACGAGACAUUCCGGGACUCGUUGCGAAUGCCAGUGAAGCACCGCUAUCGCUCCCCGAUUGUGUUCGAGUUCCACGUCCAGGGCAAGCGCAGCGCAGUGGCCUACGCCGUCUACUGGCUGCAGCAUCUCGUUGACAACGAAGAAACCGACAUCAACGUCCCCAUCUGGACGACCAAAAUGGGCGAGCGUCUGACCCAGAACUACAUCACGGAAGAGAAUUGGAAAGCGAAGCAGGUGCCUGGGCUAGAGGAUCUCACUGAGAUCGGACGCCUCCAAUUCCGAGGCAAGUUCUCCCCCGGCAUCGACGAAUCCCACGAAAGAUUCGUCGUGGACAACGAUUCGCGCGAGACAUUCGAAACCUGGGAAGCCUGCAUGGCGCAGGGAGUCCGGACCCGCACGGUGGAAAUUGAAGUCCCCGAUGAAGUGCGCGAAAAGCACGAACAGUCCCUGAUCGACGGUCGGGAUGUAUUGAAACAAGCCUCACCCUCCGAACGACGACGGUGGAUCGAUUACGACGGCCACGACUGGAGUGGAGCCUUCGGUCAUGAUCCGCGUGCUUACACGGACUCCGUUGGGCGCAAGAUCGCCGAGCCUGGUCGCGAUGGCCCCCGACACGACCCAUACACUCCGCCCCCACUGAAGGGUCAGCCUGCGUCUCAGCCUACCUUCCAGAACCCGGAAGAACAUGAGAGCUCCGAGUCUGAGGAGGAGGAGGAGAAUUCCUCCCUGUCCACUGGUCCUUCGACUAUUGGCGAUACGGCCGGUGGUGCUUCUUCGUCUCAGGCUAGCGUUAGUACCAGCCAGAUGAACAAGGCUAAUAAGCGGAGUGAGCAGCGACAGCACCGGGGUCCGAUGCAGUGGAGGCCUGCUCGCAAUGCUGCUUUUGCCAAGGAUGAGGCGAAGUUCGCGUUCCGCAAAUUGAAGAAAAAGGUGGGCGCUGGUGAUCUCACUGGUCGCGAGCCGGAUGUUGAAACGGAGACUUGA